AUCAUCCCAUUAAAAUCUGACAAUCAAGCUGAGAGAGGGAGAGAGAGAGAGAGAGAGAGAGAGAUGAGUGCUGUAGAAGGGAAGACUGUGUGCGUAACAGGAGCCUCAGGUUACAUAGCGUCAUGGUUGGUGAAGCUCUUAUUGCAAAAGGGUUAUACCGUCAAAGGCACUGUUCGUGACCCAAAUGAUUCAAAGAAAACAGAACACUUGCGCUCAUUAGACGGAGCCAAAGAAAGGUUUCAUUUGUUCAAAGCAGAUUUAUUAGAAGAAGGGUCUUUCGACGCCGUAGUUGAUGGAUGCCAAGGUGUUUUUCAUACAGCGUCCCCUGUACUGCUUUCAGUUACUGACCCUCAGGGAGAACUACUUGACCCUGCAGUGAAGGGAACACUUAAUGUUCUACAAUCAUGCGCGAAAUUUCCCAGUAUCAAGAGAGUGGUUUUAACAUCUUCAAUUGCUUCAGUAAUGAUGACUGGAGUCCCUCUGACCUCUGAUGCAGUUUUGGAUGAAACAUGGUACUCGGAUCCACUUUUUUGUGAGAAGCACAAGCAAUGGUAUUUGCUCUCAAAAACUUUAGCAGAGGAGACUGCCUGGAAAUUUGCUAAAGGAAAUGGGAUUGACUUGGUGUCGUUGAAUCCAGGGUUAACCAUUGGUCCACUCUUACAACCAACACUUAAUUUCUCCGUCGAGCUGCUUCAGAACUUCAUGAGUGGUACCCAAACAACUAUCAGUAAUCCAUUCGUUGACGUUAGAGAUGUUGCCUCUGCUCAUAUUCAAGCUUUCGAAAUUCCUUCAGCUAGUGGGAGAUAUUGUUUAGUUGGCCAAGUUGCUGACGACCUUGAUAUUCUAAAGAUUUUACGGCAACUUUACCCGACUUUGACCCUUGCUCAAGUUGUCAAUCCUUCAGACUCUAAGUAUCAAGUGUCCAGGGAGAAAGCAAAAGGUUUGGGGAUCACUUUCCUUCCUCUGGAAACAAGUCUUAGGGACACUAUUGAAAGCCUCAAGGAGAAGGGGUUCCUCAAGAUUUGAAUGCCUCAAUCUGGCCGCUGCAUGUUAAUCUGGUGUAAUUUGUAAGGUUUCAAAAUCACACUAAAUAAAUGUUGAAAAAUAUUAGUAUUUGGAUUUGUUUAUUGUUUGAAUAUUUUUAUGUAACUGCUUAUUAAUCUAGUCCCUGAGCUGAGCAUCAGAUCGAGCAGUUCGGGAUCUUUCUGCUUCUAACUA